ACAGUUCAAGAUUCUUGGUAGCGAAUCGAUUGUGCAGUUUAGAUGGCCCCUUCGACGCGAUCAUCAAAGCGUCAACGCCGGAAUGAGAAAGAACGCGAUGAGUACGCCGGAGAAUUAGUAAAGUGCGUUGUAGUGAAUGAACCAAUUGACGGCUCGGGAGAUCAACCUGAGAUUACGAAGGAAGUGCUGAGACAGAAAGGAUUGGGACCACUUGUGGUCUUUGCUCAUGGCGCCGGUGCCCCUUCCUGUUCUGAAUGGAUGACUAGGUGGAAAGAAAUGCUGGCCAAGGGAUUGAGUGCUGUUGAAGUUGUAACAUUCGACUAUCCAUAUCUUUCUGGUGGCAAACGAGGGCCACCACCAAAGGCAGAGAAAUUGGUUGAAUUCCACGCAGACAUUGUAAGAAAGGCAGUUGGAAGAUACCCCGGGCAUCCCCUUGUUCUGUUUGGGAAAUCCAUGGGCUCAAGGGUCAGCUGCAUGGUGUCUGAUUUUACAGAUAUUAAUGUUUCAGCUAUAGUUUGCUUGGGAUACCCACUAAAGGGAUCGAAUGGAGCAGUACGGGAUGAAAUUCUCUUAAAACUUACCAUUCCUACUUUAUUUAUACAGGGAAGCAAAGAUGGACUAUGUCCAUUGCAAAAGCUUGAAGCCGUUAGGAAGAAGAUGAAAGCUGUUAAUUCGCUGCAUGAGAUUAUGGGUGGCGAUCACUCGUUCAAAAUUGGAAAAAAGCAACUGCAAACAAAUGGUUCCACCCAAGAAGAAGCUGAAGAUCAAGCAGUUCAUGCCAUUGCCAUGUUCCUUUCAAGGUUUGUAUGAAAAUGAUGAGACGAAGGGCAGAAAAUCAUGAAAACUAAUUUUGUUUAGACCAAGUUUUUUUCCCAUCAUUACCUUAGGAAAUGUUAAUAAACUCUCCAUUGCCUUGGUCUUAAGAUGGAAUGUGUUUGAUAAUGCUUCGUUU